GCGUGUGGCACGGGGCGUGUGUGACGGGGAGCGGCGGCAGUGGCCCCUCCUGGCACUAGGCACUGGCAGAUCGCGUAGAAUUGUGUUGUGUAGGGGAGAGUGAAUGAUGGGAGAGCCAGGGAGGGCCGGGGGCCAGCCGUGGCUGCCACACUAGCAGCACCUUGCUGCUGCUGCUACUGUCUCUCUCACACACACACAGGCACCUCCCCCACCACGGCCCCUUCACCUGCCUCUCUGGCCAGGGACCACAGGGAGAAAAAAAGGUGGCAUGGAUAGAUAGCCAUGUCAUGUGGGAAUGAGGGCUGUCACGUUACAUGGAGUGAUAACUUGGGACGUAAGCCAGCUUGGGGGCCACUGAUGGGGCCACGCUGCGAGAGCUCCUCACCUCUUAAUUCAUUGCGGCGGAUGGCCCCCGUCAUUGUUCUCACGUCACUACUUGUUUGUCUAGUUCUCUACUAUACCUUCCCCAUGGGAGCUGCUGCAGUAUAUGCUCCACCAGCAGCAUCUGAGACAACUGGGCUUGAUUCCGUCACAACAGAGGCUUACCGCAAACGACUUCGUAUCCGAGGUACGCAACGGAGACUACCCCAAGCCCUGAUCAUUGGUGUACGUAAAUGUGGUACUCGAGCCCUCAUUGAGAUGCUCAAUCUGCAUCCCCAUAUACAGAAGAAUGGAUUAGAGAUGCAUUUCUUUGAUGAUGAUGAACGUUAUGCAAAUGGCUUAGAGUGGUAUAGAAAAAGGAUGCCAUACUCUUUUGAUAAUCAGGUUACAAUAGAAAAGACUCCGUCGUACUUCAUCUCUCGUGAGGCACCAGCGAGAAUACGCGCCAUGAACGAGACCAUUAAACUCUUGUUGAUCGUUCGGGAGCCGGCAAUGCGAGUCCUGUCCGAUUAUGCCCAAAUAAUGGAGGCCAAAAUGCGGAAAGGAAAACAGGUCGCCCCAUUUCACAAGAAAGUUCUAACACCUGACGGUGAAAUUAAUGAUGGAUUCAAAGCAAUACAGAUAAGCCAGUAUGCUGUACAUGUCCUGAGAUGGCUGAGAGAAUUUCCCCGUGAGCAAAUACAUAUCAUUGAUGGUGAUAAUCUUGUAUCUGAUCCAUUUACUGAAAUUGAUAAGGUGCAGCAGUUUUUGAGACUUCCUCUUCAUAUAAAACCUGAUAAUUUCUACUUCAAUGAGACCAAAGGUUUUUAUUGUAUGAGAAAUGAAACCUUCCAAAAAUGCUUAACAGAUGCCAAGGGUCGACCACACCCUCACGUUGAUCCUGCAGUAAUGUCUCGGCUACGUAAGUUUUUUGCCCCUUUUAAUGAGCAGUUCUAUGAGAUGAUGGGACGUAACUUUGGAUGGCCAACCUCUUAAUGCACAUUUUGCAGUAAAGUGGGGCUGGUAUGGGAGGUGUGACUCCAGUGGUUUCCAGUGCAAAUGUACAAUCAUCACAUAGACUGAUUUUUGUAUAUUUUGUAAUUAUAGUACAAUUUUAUGGUGAUUAUAUAUUUUACUCUAAUUUUAUGAUAAUAUCAUUGAUGAAUGCCCACCAUGUUGCAGUGUUUGUUACUGAUGUGGGAGAGUAUUUUACUUAUUGUUUCCUUAUUUUCUUUAAUAGUAAAUGACAAAUACAAAAUGGAAAUGUAAGUGACUUGACAGUGCUCUGGCUCAGUCUGGGUCAUUGGGAAUUAUAUUUGACUUACAAUAAUCAAAUUUAGUAUAGCAACACAAAUUGUAUCAUUGUUGUUAAUUUUUCUAUGAUAAAAUGCAAGAGAAGAUAGGUUAACUAUCACAACAUACGCAGUCGGAUAAUUUCACACAAAUUGGUUCAACUCACAUUUAAUAAUUCUCACCAGACGAUAACUUUUUUUUUAACUGGCUUUUGUGAGUCAAAGGGAAUUACUUUUGAAAGUAGUUUCAUUUCUGCUGUUGUUUUAAUGUUAUUUAUUAUCCCAACAUUGAGUAAAUUGACUGCAAUGUUUUCCAACUAGUCGCUAACACCAUGUGAUCACCCACAUUUGAGAUGACAGGUCACUCGAGGUAUAUAUUUAAGGUUGGCAUUCUGUGUUGUAUGACUCAAAAAAGCUUAGCAUUUUCUUGUUAAUAUAAUUAUAAUAAUAUUAAUAAUGAUAUAAUAAAUGUUACAUAGAAAGUUACAUUAAAAACCAUGUAGAGAGCUACAAAAUUAGGUACAUUAUUCUAAUUGGUAUCCAAGUAAAACAGUAUGUAGCAAUGAAAUUCUUGUAUUCAUAGUUUGCAAUUUGUAAAUGAAUCACCAUUAUUUGCAACUAAUAUUGAGACUUAAAUACCCAUAUGGUAAUGGUUAAAAAAAAAAAAAAAAAUUAAAAUUUCAAAAUGUACUAUGUGAUGCAGGUUUGACUGCUGAUUAUUAUGCCUUAGUCUUGCCUGCAGCUCUUUAAAGAAAAAUUUGUUUGGAUGCAAACCAUCAUCAGGACUGUGGGUGAACAACAAGGGUUAGCAUCAGUACACAAAUGAAAUCUAAUAUAUUUUUUGUAAUGUGGAGGUGGAUGCACUGAAUGUGGAUGCAUGUCUGUUAUUCUAGUAUGAAUGAGGAUGAUGCUAAUAGCUAAAAGGGUUUGACCAAGAUUAGGAAUUCUCAGUGAUGUGCACAGAAGAAUGUCUCAGUGGGCUGAUACACUGUCCUCUUAUACUUCUUCCCUAAAUAUGUCCUUUUGUCUCAGUUAUAAAAAUUUCACUCAGCUGUCUUGAAAGGAUUAAGACAUCAUCCCUGAAAAAAAAUUAAACCACAGUACAGGUGGGGCUAGAAACCAUGGCCUGGGUACGGCUCACUCACCAUGGGUUCUAAUCUCACCCUUAAUGUGGUUUGUUUGCAAUUGUGUUAUUACGAUUUCUCAAGUCACCCCAGCGGUUACUGGACUCCAGCCUCUCAAGUUCUCAUACCUUCUCUUGAAGCUGUGAAUGAAGGAAGUCUUUGCCACUCUCCUUAGUUAACUUAUUCUACUUUUCAUCCACUCUGAGUUUUCAAUGUUCUCUGCACAUUACUGGGAGUUCUGUAUGUAUAAUUAGUGUUGUAUAUUUGACACUGAGUUUUAAGUGUGUGAAUCUGAAUAAUUUCUUCAGAAAAACUAGAGUGCUUUUAUUUACUUUUGUUAUAUAGUACCUUGGCAACAAAAUAUGCUGCUGUUUUAUUUUCACUAAGAAAUGGAAUGCAGUGUCAUUGCAAAGUGUCUGCAUGUCAUUGGGUGAUUAGAAAAUUCGUGAAAAUUAGUUUUAUAUAUGUAUUCUCUUUCUUAAGAGAUAUAAAUUUAAUUAUUUUUCUUAAUGUAAACUAUUAGGAUUAUAACUAUAACCUCAGGGCAUUGAUAAUAUUGCCAUAGCUGGAUAUUCAUUUUCAUUCAGAAAGUUGGUAUAAUACCAAGCAUCAGCAUAUUAACAACUUAUAAUGUACUACCGCCAAUCACCAAACUUUGAGACACACUCAAACGCACAUUCACACAUAAGCGUACACCCACAUAUGUACACACAUAGUGAGUGGCUCUAUAAUUUAUCCCAUUGCAAUAAAUAUAUACAUGUACUGUACAGUGUGCAUUGCAUAUGGUUUAUACAAAGUUUUCAUGUUGAAUGCUUGUUGUUCUGUUCCAAAGAAUAUAUAUGAUGUGGUUGUUAAAGAAUUGAUUGAAAGUUUGUCUCUCUGUGUAUUGUAAAACAGAAGUAUGUUUUAUGUUUUGUGAACUGAUAGUUUUGAUGUAUUCAGAUUUUUAUACAACUUGAGUUAGUUUUUAAGACAGGAAUCUAUACACUGGUAUCUAAAAAUGUAUCAAUAAGUAGAAAGUGAUGCACCAUUUGGACAAAAAUAUGAAGCGCAAGCAAGACAGAUUUUUCAUACCUGUGAUUUUUAUUUUUGUCCAAGUGAUUUUUCACUUUACAUCGGUCAUUGUUCAUGAUACUAAUCCUAGUAUCACUAUACUGUAAAAGUGCAUAAGGUGGUACAGAAUGCACUGUACAAUUUUUUUUUUAACACACUGGCUGUCUCACCGAGGCAGGGUGUCAAUUAUCCACAAUAAUCAGAAUCAGAUGAGAACCUUCCAAGCUGCACCUAGUGGAUUUCAGGAAUGGAGCUGAAUCUUGGAACAGCAUCUUUUUGUAGCAGCACUGGGGAUAUACAGUAGUUAUAUUUGCUGCAGCUGACAAAAAGGGGGAAAAAAAGGAAAAAAAAAAAGUCUCCAGGUCAUUGACCUUUAGCUCAACGGGUGAGCUCUCGUCUUUUUUCUUGUAUUGCACAGCAUGUAUAACCCUCUGCACCAUUACCUAGACCUUAUUGGGUCUGGUGAAUGUCUAGGGAGCACCAAGUUCCCACUGCACCAACGUCUGGGCUUAGUAGGGUCCAGUACAAGUUGUGGGUGUUGUCAUUUUUUUUUGUCACUGUCGUUGCCUUUUAUCCAGGGACAUAAGAUGAACUUCAACUCUACUUUUCAAUUAGAAAAGUCAGCAAUAUUUGUAAAUAUGUGUUAUUGUAUAAAAAGAAAUUCAGUUAAAUCAUGAACACCAGUUACCAGUUUGAGAAUCAUCCAUGGUAAGGAAGAUUAGAGGAAAGUACCAAUAGUGUUAAUGAUUAAUGCAUGGGAUGCUGUAUUACAUUCAUAAACAGUAGUAAUGCAGUAGUGUAUUUAAGUGUAAGCCUAUAAAAGCCUCGAUACAUAUCAAUAUUGUAUCUUGUUUGGGACUGGGUAAGAAGUUUACAUCAUUGGCAAGUACCAACUACAGUAAUGUGAAGGUUUAAUUCUCAUUGUAUCUCCCACCCUAAACUAAACUUACAACUAACUGAUGUGAAGGUUUAAAUGCCCGUCUUGAGCUACACUUACAACCCAAUGAUAAGAAGGGUUGACUCCCCCUACAGUCUUAGCUUAAUGCUGCACUUCUGAAUAGCAUGUGACGAGGUUCUCUUAAAUUAAGAAAGCUGGAACAGGUUCAAAUUCCAAAGAUUGAUGUUUAUUUAGUAUCCUUAAAAUCCUAGCUUUUUAACUAAUUACAUAUAUUAUAUGUCUGAAAUAAUUACAAAGUGAUGCAUGAUGUUAAUGUGGAUUAAAAAGUUCAUCUUGUGUCCAUGUUCAAGCGACAUUUAGUAACGAGUCUGUCCAGUCCUGCACUUAGCCUGGAAGUGGCUUUUACAUCCCUUCCAGGCCUCUAUUUGCACUGAUAUUGAUGUAUAUUGAAUAAUGUACAGCUUUGUGGUUAGCUGCUAUCUAUCAUACAUGUGUAAUAUUCUAAUAUUAUCUUAUGUACAACAUUUAUUUUUCUUUGAGAAGAUUAUUUAUAAGAAAGUGUCUUUUAGGAUAUAUUUUUCUCCAGUUUCUGUAUCUGUACAGUACAUCAGUAAUACCAAAAAAAAUAUGCUAAUGAUUAGCUAUUGUUAGUUAGCCAUAUCUUAAGCUUUGAUGGGUCUGCAGUAGAGGAGUAAGUCUUAUUCACCAUUUGUUAAUGUUACUAAUGGUUUGAUAUAAGGGUUCUAUAUUUAAUGCUCACAUAGGGUUGCACUCUCAUAGAAAAUUAUUUACUGUACUUUCAUAUUUUUGCAUUUAAUUUAUCUAGCUUUGCUAUAUUAAUGUUUCUUCAGAUCUGCUUUUUAUUUUUCCAUGCUUUGGUGUUAAUGCAAAAAGUAGAGAUCAUCUUUCUAAAAUGCAUCAUGUUUACAUUUGUAUUUACGUUAUGAAUUUUGUAAUUUGCUAGUUUACUAUCUGUUGCUGGUAACUCAUAGGCCCUUUUUUCUUUUUCCCAUUUCCUGAGAAAUUCUAAGAGCUGCUAAUUACUCUUCUUCAGCAUCAGGUUUACUCUGCACUUUUUCAUUUCUCUGUUGUUUUUAGUUCUCUUCCCUACAUUGAUUAAUUGAAUUAUGGGUUCUCUAAGCAUCUCAUUUAUUUUCCCUGCAGAGGUACAAAUUUUUCUAUUGCUUCUGCACUUCUGGUUGGAAAAACUUCAUAAUUUCCUGGGUGGAUUGUUUACUGAAUUAAGGAUUCCAUUGUUCUCGUGCCAGAAUUUUUUUUUCUAACACACUGUCUCCCACUGAGGUAGGGUGACUUUCAGCAUCAUUCACACUAUCACAGUCUUGCCAGAGGUGCACAGAUACAACAGUUCAGAUGUCCCUCCAAACAGAAAAUAUCUCUAACCCCUCCAUUAAGUGUGCAGUCACUGUACACUUCCCACCCCCAGGUCUCGGGUCUGGUUAACAGGUUUCCCUGAAUCCCUUCAUAAAAUGUUACCUUGCUCACACCCCAACUUUCCCUGGGUAUCAAUCUCUUGUAUUUCCCACCUUUUUAAUUCUGGUUUCACUUCCUUUAGGUUGCAGAAUGCUAACAUUUGGUGAUCGCUUGUUCAAAGGAGCACUUUUGCUUUGAUGCUGCAUAUAUAGCACACUACAUUUCUUAAUACACUGUGCCCCUAAUAUUUAAAACAAAUUUUUACUCAUCAUAAAUAACUUUCUUAGUAAUUAUUGAUGCAUAAAUAUCAAAAUUUUGGCUGAAUAAUUUCUAGCCAUGCCUCCUUGUGUUUUAGCCACAUCGGAUUUCUCCUACUAAAGUACGAUAACUCAGAAAAAGGAAAUACAGUGAUACCUCUCAUAUCUGAACUACAUGAGCUGAGACUGGUUUGGAAACACGGAGUUUCUGGAUAUGUGAGGGGGGAAAAAUUCACAUCUGCAGAGUCAUAUCGCCAUCCGUACCCCGUCAUAUCGCCAUUGGCGACGGCGUUGUAGGUUUAAAAAACGAAUCCAAUGUCGUCUGGCAGUGGGACUAGACACUCUGCGCUCAAAUAACAGCCUCCUGGAUUUCAUGGACCACAGGCCUGUAUUUUUUCAAAUGGGCUGUGGAUAGUGGAUGCUCCAAAUACUCAAAAGUGUUUUGACACCUGCUCUUGCUGCUGAAGUUUUGGGUCUUGGAGGCAUUGGAAUGUUCCAGGUCCAACACUGAUUCUGCAAUCUCUGCAUCUAUCAGAGAUUGCACACCCUUAAUAUCUUCAUCACACUAGCCAGUCCUGCACGUCGUCUUCUGUAGUUUUUCCCCCAGCCUUGAACCAACCUGCAUCCACAUGCAACAAUAUUUCCCUCUUUUUUUUCUAGUGUAAGCACAUUCCUGGCCCUCUUUGGUGCCAUACACAAGAUAGCUAGGACAAAACACAGCUGUAGUAUUGCUAAAAGGAAGGCGAAGAGCAUGGUUCCUAGUGCCCAACCAGUACACUAAAGUGCUUGCCAAGUUUGAUUCAGCCUUCCGCCAUAUCCAAACAGCUGUUUGGAUGUUUUGGUAAUAAUUUUAGAAUUUUGCCCAUUCCCAGGGCCUCUUCAGAUAUCGGCGAGGUUCGGAUAAUGGCAGGCCGGAUAUAUGAGGUAUCACUGUGCGUUUACUAUCAUUCAUUCAGUAGCUGUCCUGUCAGGUGUACACAUAUUUUGGCAAGACAGCUAUUGAAUGAAAAGUUAAUGUGCUGCUUUCUUUUUUUUGAGGGGAGGGGGAGGGGGGUCACUACAUUGGCAGGAGAGAGUUCAUGUGGUAAAAAAAAAAAAUAAAAGUUGUGACUAUUAGAGGUCAGUGCAAGGAAACUAGGAGACAAACAAUAAUGUAAAAUUUAUGAUUUUAGUAGGAUUAUAAGUUCAUAAUUAUUGAAAAUAUAAUCCAGAGUUUGCCUCAUUUUCCAAAUUAAUAUUUUUCUGGGGGAUUGCCAGUCUAGCAUUAAAGGUUUGGAAACUAUUGUACAGUACUUAAUAGUUGGUAAGCAACACUAACAAUUUCUGGAUCAGCAACAGUGCUGUAUGACUUACACACGUUUAGCUUUUUUUUUUUUUUGUAUAAAUAUACUAAUUACUGAAAAACAAAGAAAGCUUUGUGUUGUAAGCUUUGCAUCAGGUGGUGAAUAAGACUUACUCCUGAUAUCAGACCAUAUCUGAAUACUUUGCUACAUUUAUACCUGACCAUGUGAGUGACAUGAUUUAUUUUCUUCUAGUCAUUUUAACCAAUUACUCAUCUCUGAACACUCUUGGCUGAGUUUGGCUUGUAAAGAAAAUGUGCAGCAUAUUGGGACCAGACAGUUCUACUGUGGUAUUAGGCUAAGAUAUACACUAUGUUAUAUAUUGACUCAUCAGGAAAUAUUUAACAAGAAAUUAUAUUUUUAUGAAUAUAUAUAUAUAUCUAUAUAUACAUAUAUUACCCUGAUGAUAUGGCUAAAUAAGAAUUUCAUAUUUUUUUUCUCAUUUAUAAAUGCUGCGUUAUACAACCCACGUGGGUUGGCAUUUAUUUUCAAACAUAAUAAUAAUUAUAAAUGAUGUGGAAGCGUUUAAUAUUAAGGAUGCCUUGUGCAAUAUAUUUUUUGGCUUUGUUUUUAAAUUGCUGAACUUAUAAUUAUUUUAAUUUGAUAUUCAAGAAAUUAUUGCAGACAAAGAAUUGCUUUCAGUGAAAAUAUUUUGAAUUUAAUGCACGGUUUAUGACAUGUUUUGUAAGACAAAUGUUGAAUAGUAUGCAUAUUUAUAUGAGCUUUGUCUUGCAGCGCACUGCAGACAUUUCCUUGAUUCUGCAGUUUUUGACAUGUCUUUAGGGAAAAGCCUGGCUGUGAGAGUAGUUUCUUUCGUGAUUAGUAGGUAGAGGAUUGAGCCUCUGCCACUCCUUGCCCUCAGUUACCUACAUGACUUUAGCACUUCACAUAAAUAUAAAUAUAUAGUGUGCAAUAAGAUCACAGUACACAGGUGAUAUCACAAUAUGCAAAAUAACCACUGUGGAAAAAAUGGUAAAAUUCCAAGCUUUUUUGUGAUUUCUCAUAUUAUCAAGGCCCUUGAUAAUGUGAGAAAUUAUGAAAGCACUUGGAAUUUCACUAUUUCUUCACAGCUGUUAUUUUGCAAAUAUCGAUAUCCCAGCUUGUAGUAUUCUCAUGUAAA